CUGAGCUUUAACAGAGUUAAGCAGUAAACGUUAAAAUUUCGUGAUAUUAGUUGCUUAAAAGUUGUUAAACAUUAAGUGUUAAAUACUGUUCCUGGUUACUGAAUAAGAAUUUAUUGAUAAAAAAUUAUUAUUUUUAAGAUGCUGAUCGGUUGGCGAAAAACUGUUGCAAAAUGCUUCAUAAUUCCUCAGCGGGUCGUUUUAUCAAUUAUGGGAUUUUUGGCAAUAGUAAAUGCAUACACCAUGAGAAUUUGCCUUAAUGUUGCCAUCACAGAGAUGACUGUGAAGAAAAACAAAACUUUUAUUGAUGAUGGAGUCGAUAGAGGAAUUUGUUUAGUUGAAGGUGGAAGUUCUGGCGGAAAUAUGGGCAAAGGAAUAUUUGAAUGGGACGAAGAACUUAUUGGAAUUAUUCUUGGUGCUUUCUUUUGGGGAUAUGUAAUAACACAUCUGCCAGGAGGACUCUUAUCUGAAAAAUUCGGUGGCAAAUACACCCUCGGAUUAGGAAUUCUAUCAACUGCUAUCUUUACUCUUAUAACACCAGUUGUUAUCAAUUGGGGCGGAUCAACAUGGUUAAUUGUUCUUCGGUUUCUUGAAGGGUUAGGUGAAGGCACAACAUUCCCCGCUUUAUCUGCACUUCUUGCUACAUGGGUUCCUGUUAAGGAAAGAGGAAAGCUUGGAUCUUUUGUAUUUGGAGGUGGACAAGUUGGAACUAUCAUCGGCACUGCAUUAUCAGGCGUCCUUAUUGAUUAUUAUGACAGCUGGGAAUCUGUUUUCUAUUUCUUCGGUAUUCUUGCCAUAAUCUGGUUCCUUAUUUUUAUUGUUAUUUGCUACAAAGAUCCAGAAUCACAUCCAUUCAUCACUGAAAAGGAAAAGGAUUACUUGAUAAGAGAAAUGGGAGCACUUUCUAGAGACAAAACCUUAGCUCCAACGCCUUGGAAAGCAAUUGUAACAAAUGUUCCAAUGAUGGCUCUCGUUUGUGCUCAAAUUGGUCAUGACUUUGGUUUCUUCAUUAUGGCAACGGAUUUACCAAAAUACAUGAGUGAUGUCUUGCAAUUUCCAAUCAAAGAAAAUGGUUUGUACUCUUCACUUCCGUAUGCUUUUAUGUGGGUUACAUCAAUUGCUAUGGGAUUCGUUUGUGAUUGGAUGAUUAACAGAAAAAUGAUGAAUGUUACCAACUCGAGAAAAUUCUACACAACAAUUGCAUCUUUUGCACCCGCAUGUUUAAUUGUUGGAGCUUCGUAUGCUGGAUGUGAUCGUGUGCUAGUAGUAAUUCUAUUCACACUUGCUAUGGGAUUCAUGGGUGGAUUUUAUCCUGGCAUGAAAGUAAAUGCUUUAGAUUUAUCACCAAAUUAUGCUGGAACAUUAAUGGCUAUUACAAACGGAAUUGGUGCAAUGACUGGUAUUCUCGGACCAUAUUUAGUUGGUGUUAUUACUACAAACCAAUCGCUUUAUGAAUGGAGAAUUGUCUUCUGGAUUGCCUUUGGAGUAUUUAAUAUUACCAAUGUCGUUUAUAUAUUUUGGGCUUCUGGAGAAGUUCAGCCAUUCAACGAUUCAGAACUGCUCAAAAAAUCAAAGGAAAGCUUAGCAAAUUCUGAUAGUGAAGCGAAUCACAAUGAAGUCAAAAAACCAAAACUGAUAUCAAUUAAAGGAAAUAAAAAUGAGUCGUGAAUAUAGAGUGGAUUGCAUAAAGGAUUGAAACAGGAAAAUAAAACAUUAAUUGAUAUAAUUUAAAAAUAAUGAUUCGUUUAAUUUUGAUGUCCAUGGGAUGGAAGGUUGAAUAGAAUUUAUUAUUUUUUGGAAGUCAUAAGUGAACGACCUCAAUGAAUUAAAAGUAUUUUACUUCAAUCAAAAUAGUUUAAGCUUUUUUUUAUACCAUUACGGCAACAUGAAAGGUGGAAAGACAAAGAAGAAGACUGAGAUACAUUAAGCAUGUAGAUGAGAGUAAUGCAAACGUAACAAUUUAAAU